UGGUGGGAGCAUUGAGCCUCGAGCUUUGGAUUAACCUGAUCGUGAUACUUCGCCAGGCAAAAGUUUUUGGAAACUCUAGACUACUCUGUGCUCCAUAUGUUCUUGCUUCUCUUCCUCGUUUUCAGGGUUCUGAUCCGAGUUUCAUUCGCCGUCAUAACCCGUCAUCUGGUUGCAUUAGGUCUCAGGCUUCAUCUCUCAGAAGGGUCACGUGAUCCUGCCUGCAACCAUAGUGUGGGUCCCUUUCAGGCGUCACAGGCUGACGAGCUCUGGUCCAGCCUGCGUGCCUGCAAGAACCGCCAGGCAAGCUGGACUAAGACGAGGCCAAGCUGCAACAACAAUCCUACCACCCGCUCGCGACCAUCCGCAUCUCAUUCAACCUCUGCAGGCCGACUUCGAUCGAGAUAAUUCUUGCGCGGCCCGCUCUGCAGCCCAAGCCCGCAACCUAGCGCCGCCACGUCGCAUUAUUAACCCGCCCGCCCUCGCCCGCCGCCACCGUCUAUCGCAACCUUGACGUUCUCGUCUGCCUCCUCGCCAACCAUCAAACCUUGAUCAAGAUGGGUGACGUUCUGGUAGAAAACCCCCUCAACAGUGUUCCUCCACACAGGAGACCUGCGCCAUCGACGAUCCCUAGUAUCGAGAACUUUGAAGGCCUCCCAACCGACAGCGGCGAUGAUUACGCGACCUUGAAGAAGCUCCAGAGGCAGCUGGAGUACAUCCAGCUGCAGGAGGAGUAUAUCAAGGAUGAGCAGAGGAGUCUGAAGCGAGAGUUGGUCCGGGCCCAGGAGGAGAUCAAGCGAAUCCAGAGCGUGCCUCUGGUCAUCGGCCAGUUCAUGGAGGCCAUUGAUCAAAAUACCGGUAUCGUCCAGUCGAGCACAGGGUCCAACUACGUUGUCAGGAUCCUUUCGACACUCGACCGCGAGCUCCUCAAGCCCUCGUCGUCGGUUGCGCUCCACCGCCACUCCAACGCUCUGGUUGAUAUCCUUCCUCCGGAGGCGGACUCGUCUAUUGCCAUGCUGGGCGCCGAUGAGAAGCCCGACGUGACCUACGCCGACGUAGGUGGGUUGGACAUGCAGAAGCAGGAGAUCCGCGAGGCCGUCGAGCUUCCUCUCACCCACUUCGACCUAUACAAGCACAUCGGUAUCGACCCCCCCCGUGGUGUGCUGUUGUAUGGCCCUCCCGGUACCGGCAAGACCAUGCUGGUCAAGGCUGUGGCCAACAGCACCACAGCAAACUUUAUCCGUGUGGUCGGGUCUGAGUUUGUGCAAAAGUAUCUGGGAGAGGGUCCUCGCAUGGUGCGCGACGUGUUCCGUAUGGCUCGCGAAAACGCGCCGGCCAUUAUCUUCAUCGACGAGAUCGACGCCAUCGCGACGAAGCGCUUCGACGCCCAAACCGGCGCAGACCGUGAGGUGCAGCGUAUCUUGCUCGAGCUGCUCAACCAGAUGGACGGCUUCGACCAGACUGCCAACGUCAAGGUGAUCAUGGCGACCAACCGCGCCGACACGCUGGACCCGGCUCUGCUUCGUCCCGGCCGUCUGGACCGAAAGAUCGAGUUCCCCAGCCUGCGCGAUCGCCGUGAGCGCCGUCUCAUCUUCUCCACUAUCGCUAGCAAGAUGAGCCUCGCUCCCGAGGUCGACCUGGACAGCCUCAUCGUCCGCAACGACCCGCUCUCGGGCGCUGUUAUUGCCGCCAUCAUGCAGGAGGCCGGCCUCCGCGCCGUCCGCAAGAACAGGUACAACAUCAUCCAGAGCGACCUGGAAGACGCCUACUCGAGCCAGGUCAAGUCGACGGGCGACGAGAACAAGUUUGACUUUUACAAAUAAGCUGGUCGGCCGUGUUUUCUGGUUGGCGCUCCUGCUGUGUCAGCUCUCGUUCUGGAGGUGCCGCCAAACAGUGCACGUUAAAAGCAGCAAUUACGAGUUUGCUCAGGUACCGAUUAGAGAAACAAGGCCAUAUUUUUGCUAGAUGGGUUUUUGUUUCCGUUUGGGGCGUCUCAGGCUUUGGCAUACGCUCGCGUGGGCGGGCCGCGUCUCUCGCCGGAUUUGGGUUCGGGCGCGGGGGUCAACUUUUAAUGAGAGUUUGUACAAUAUCAUUCUCGCUCCUUGGCACCGCUUCUCCUUUGGGAUGCCAUCACGCCGUGUGUUUCUAGCGCCAAAAACAGCGUCGAUGCUCGAGCGCCAUACCUGCAUGUCUGUGAUUAUCCAGGGUGCUGUGCAUGUUGCUGUGGAACCCUUGAUCGACUGGAAAAUCAUGGACAGGUGUAAGUCACAGUAAACGUUAAGUAGUAAGCAAGAUGCGGAUUCGAUUCGUUAUCGUCGUUGGCC